UGACAAUCAUCAAAAGAAAAAAAACGAAGAAAAGUAACAUUCGGUUCGGUUUCUGAUUUUUCGUUUCUGGUUUGGUGAUUUCGAACUAGAACGAGAACCAAGUUGUUCUUGUUUUUCCCUUAUCCGGCAAAUAAUCGAAUUCCGGUUACUGUGGCCACAAACUUUAUCCUGGAUUGCUGUCGUUAAGUAGUGCUACCGUUCCGAAAAUGUCCGCUAUUUCCACCAGUGAGAAGCCGCAUAUGCAGCAGGUCGAUCUCAAUACACUUAACCUGCAGCAGCUGACUCAGCUCAAGAACCAACUGGAUCAGGAGCUGACCGUAUUCCAGGAAUCCCUGCAAACACUGAAGAUGGCGCGUGUAAAAUACUCAGGCUCGAAGGAAGCUCUGGAACAGUUCAAACCAGAUUGGAACGAGAAACAGAUUUUGGUUCCGCUAACGGGGAGCAUGUAUGUUCCGGGAACCAUCAAAGAUGCAGAUAAUGUGAUCAUCGAUAUCGGAACCGGAUACUACGUGGAAAAUGAUUUGGAAAGCGCGAAAAACUUCUUCAAGCGGCGGGUCGACUUUGUGCAGGAACAGAUGGAAAAAAUCGAAGUUCUGGGCAUGGAGAAAUCGAAAAUUCGUGAUGCGAUUCGCGAAGUGAUGGAAAUUAAGCUGCUGCAAUUCGAGAAAGAACUACAGAAGAAGCGGGAAGGAGCCACCAACUAACUUCUAAUAGUAUUGUUAAUGAAGUAUCAAGCUUACCCGUAUGCUUUAAACCUACUACAGCGAAAUUUUUUCUUAAUUUUACCGAAUGUUCAUAUUUAUUAUACACGCUUCCAUAUUUCAGACAACUUUGAAUUCACAUUGACAUUACGCUAAUCAAUCGUAGCUUUACAGUCAAAAUAACUUGCAGUUUGUUCAUUUCACACCGGGAAUAAAAUUUGCAUUUAUCAAAAAGAGA